AACAGUUCCUGAACUAAGAGAGAUAGAUUUGUGAUUACUUCCCGCUUCAUGAUUUUUCUUUCCUGCGUGGUGGUGUGUCCUUUCAUUUUUAUAAUCACAUUUGAGAACUUGGCCAUCUCUACAGGCUCAAGCUGAUGGCUGAAGAAAUGGUUCAGGUCAAUAAGAAGAAGAUGGAGAUUUUCCAGGAGUAUUCAUAGGCUGUGAGUCCCGAGGACAGCCCUCACUCCCUGAGACCCGAUAGCCCCUGUUUGUAGAGGAAGCCCCCAGAAGGACCACAGCAACAUGGAUGUGCUAGAUGAAAACCAGGCCCUGCAACAAUUCUUUGAAGCACAGGGAGCCAGCGGCACUGUGGAGAACCCAGCCCUGGAUACUAGUCUGCUUGAAGAAUUCUUGGGCAAUGACUUUGAUUUAGGAGCUUUGCAACAGCAGCUUCCUGAUACCCCGCCCUACUCUGCCUCGGACCCAGGCUCUCCUCCACAGGUCAAAGGCGCGUGCUGCCGGAUCCUGAGGCCUACAGCUACCUUCGUCCCCUCCACCACCGCACCCCAGCUGAUGCCCGAGUACCCGCCACAGGGCAUGUCCGGCCAAACCCAUCGCAGCUUUCACAACGGCUACCCGGAGUCCGGUCACCCCACCACCUCUCGUCACCAAACUGGGCCCUCCAGGCUGGGGACGAGUUGCUCUUACCAUCAGCAGCCUUCGUGCCACGUUCCCGGAGCCUCGGUGCCUCCGACAAAGAAGAGAAAGCACAUGCAGAUUCGCGAGGACCCUGGGGACUGCUGCUCCUGGGCCCACCAGCACACGCAGAUUCGAGAGGACGCUGGAGACUAUGCGUGGGCCCACCACUUCAGACCAAUGACAAGUAAGACUCAUGGCAUUGAUGUGCAGGACCACGACCGAGAGGGACAUAAUGGGAUGCCUGUGGACCAGUGCUCUCCUGCUCUGAAGUGGCAGCCAUACCAAAGUGUUCCUUGGCAUAGCUUAUUAAACAGUCACUAUGAAAAACUGCCUGAUGUGGGCUAUCAAGUUGUAACAGACAAAGGCUUCACUUUCUCACCAGUAGAUGAAGCUUUUGUUUGUCAAAAGAAGAACCAUUUCCAGAUAACCGUUCACAUCCAAGUCUGGGGAAGUCCGAAGUUUGUUAAAACCCAAAUGGGCCUAAAGCCAAUAGAAACUUUUUACUUGAAAGCCUUUGGAAUUAAGGUAGAAGCCGUCAACCAAGUGAUUGCUAUCGAGCAGUCCCAAGCAGAUAGAAGCAAAAGGACUUUCGAUCCUGUCAAAAUUGACCUCCUGACUGACCAGGUUACCAAAGUAACGCUGGGCCGGCUCCACUUCAGCGAAACCACCGCCAACAACAUGAGAAAGAAGGGGAAGCCAAAUCCUGACCAGAGAUACUUCAUGCUGGUGGUUGGACUGUACGCUGCGAACCAAGACCAGUUCUACCUGUUGGCCGCCCACAUCUCUGAAAGGAUCAUUGUACGGGCCUCUAACCCCGGGCAGUUUGAGAAUGACAGUGAUGCAUUGUGGCAGCGGGGACAAGUUCCAGAAUCUGUCACCUGUCAUGGUCGAGUAGGAAUAAACACGGAUGCACCUGAUGAAGCCCUGGUCGUCUGCGGCAACAUGAAAGUGAUGGGGACGAUCAUGCAUCCCUCUGACAGCCGGGUGAAGGAGAAUAUCCAGGAGGUUGACACAAAUGAACAGCUGAGAAGAAUAGCCCAAAUGAGGAUUGUUGAAUACGACUACAAACCCGAAUUUGCAUCUGCCAUGGGGAUAAACACUGCCCAUCAAACAGGAAUGAUUGCCCAAGAGGUGCAAGAGAUCCUGCCCAGAGCCGUAAGAGAUGUUGGGGGUGUCACCUGUGGAAAUGGGGAGACGAUGGAGAACUUCCUCAUGGUGGAUAAGAAGUGCAAACUAAACCUGAUGAUGGCCUGCGUGGAGGAUUCAGGAGGAAGCGAGGCUUACAACAGCAAAACGGAACUGAGGGUGAUUGAGCCAACUAAACCAGUGGUAGAAAGACAAACACUGCAUACUCGUUCUCACUUAAACGUGGAUGCUACGGAGCUGAUCUCAAAGAUGCAAAAACUUGAACAGUGGCGACAGAAGCCUGGGCGAGACGGGAAAGGACAGAGAGGAUUAUUAACUGGUACCGGGAUGAAAGAGCUCCAUGUCUUUGUCAUUGUCCCAUUCGGUCAGGCUGAAGAUGAAGGGACGAACGCAUAUUGGAAGGCAUAUGUGGAUACAGUGACCCCUUCGUCAGACAAUGUACACACGGUCUCAAGCAGGAUGCAUGCAGGCAGGAGGCGCCUCCCCUCAGGACAAGUCCCUGAGCAGGUUGCGGAGAACCGACGGCAGCCCAUGCCUCAGCAAGCACACCUCUCACUGCGCACUGUCACUGCGCUGGACCACACAGCACCUUGCCCUGGGCACACCGUCACACCGCUGAAUGCAGCAUGA